AAAAUAUAAUGUACUCACGUGUCACCCAUCACUCCAAUUUGGAUAAUAUUACUAGUAAUUAGUAAUUCAAUUCAAUCCAUCUCUCUCUCAUCUUCAAGAAUCAAGAACAAUCAUCAACGAAACUCAAAUCCCAAAGUAUUAAGAAAAAAGAUGGCUACGCUACUGGCAGCUCCAACUAUACAGAAGAGCUUCACUCAUCAGCACCAUGUUUCCUGCUCCACUUCGUCUUCUUCUUCUUCAUCGUUUAGCUGCUCCUAUAAUUCUCACCCGCUUUCAUUUCCUUCUCAAAAAUCCAAUUUUCUGGGCUCCCACGAAAUGCUCCUUGUCAGAAAUGGCGGUCACAGAUCGUUUGGGAUCAAAAUGUCGUGGGAUGGCCCUCUCUCUUCUGUGAAGUUAAUUCUCCAAGGCAAAAACUUGGAGUUGACUCCCUCGGUGAAGAGCUAUGUGGAAGAGAAGUUAGGUAAGGCAGUUCAAAAGCAUAGCCAUUUAGUAAGGGAAGUCGAUGUCAGGUUGUCCAUCCGCGGUGGGGAGGUAGGGAAAGGCGCAAAAGUGCGAAGAUGUGAGGUUACUUUGUUCACGAAGAAACAUGGGGUGGUUCGAGCAGAAGAGGAUGCAGAGUCGCUUUAUGGGAGCAUAGACAUGGUGUCUUCUAUCAUCCAAAGAAAGUUGAGGAAGAUCAAGGAGAAAGACUCGGACCAUGGCCGCCAUAUGAAGGGCUUCAACAGGCUCAAGGUUAGGGACCCCGGUGCACUCAUGGUUGCUGAGGAUAUUGAGGCCGUACCUGAGGAGGCAGCUGAGGUGGAUGCAGUGGAAACUCCGAGUGUAGAAGGCGAAGAGGAAGAAAACGCAAUUAAUGAGAUUGUUCGCACGAAGUACUUUGAUAUGCCACCACUGACUGUUAGUGAGGCAGUCGAGCAGCUGGAAAACCUUGAUCAUGACUUCUAUGGCUUUCGCAAUGAAGAAACUGGUGAGAUCAACAUAGUCUACAAACGGAAAGCCGGGGGCUACGGCCUUAUCAUCCCUAAGCAAAACGGCGAAACAGAGAAACUGGAGCCCGUGGUGGUUGAGUCGGCUGCGAGUUGAGCGAGAUUGAAAUGAGAGUUUUUGCUUGAGAAGGUGUUUUGAGAUGCAACAGAAGCUCAUAUAUGUUGACUAUUUGAUGCUAAAGAGAACUUGAAAUAAGUUGCAGCAGGUUUCUUGUUUAUACUGAGUUUGUGUAGAGAGUUUUGGUGCAUUUUUCUAUCACCAAGCAUUGUAAGGUGCAGAAAAUUAUGUGACCCUUUGUAAAUGAUGUUCGGUUCCUUAGCAAAUUCCCUUCUUGCUAAA